GCUGAGGGUUAAUGGAGCGUGCAAUCGCUGAAAUCUAAUCCAGCUUUAUUAGCUACCUAGUUAUUGUUCUCUAUCCGACUUGUCGUUGCCAUGGAUCCUCCGCCAAAAGAUGGGCCCGAUGGCUCAUCCCUCAGACCGGUUUCCUCGCUUUUAGCAAAGUUCGAAAACCUAAACAAGGCCGAGCCUGCCAAUCCACAGACCGGUGCCUCUUCAAGAACCGCAUCCCCUGGCCCGGCGCCGGCAACAGCACCGAAACCCGUGCGACUGCGAGAACGGGAUCCGAGCCCCUCGGCGGCCCGAGAACCACCCACUGUCCCGCCAGCUCGACCCAAAGAGAGGUUGAACGUCUCCAUAAGCCCGGCCGCCGCCAACAUUGGCCUCUCGACGUCCCCCACCCGACCUCUUCCUCCGCCCAUCAGCCCACGCCCUGGCCAUCCCCCGUCGCUUACAAUCGAACCUCCCCAUUCGCCGCCAAAGAGAGGCGUGGGACUCCCAACAGGGGACCGCCCGGCGUUCGUGAAUACCGACUCCGUAAUCAAGUCCCCCACGGCUGCGACAGCGACACAGCAGUUCAAGAUACCGAGCCGUCCUCGGACGCCCGUCCAUGAAUCCGGCGUAUCGGCGCGCCCUACGCCUUCGAAACCUCCGUCUCCCCCUCCUCCGCGACGGUCCGGGGAGGUCAGGCGAGACCGAGAGAACAAGGAUGUCGGGAGACCUGCAAUUCCGCCCCCGGUUAACCGGGCUGAGAAACCGCUGAUAGGCGCCGCUCGCUUCACGCUCUUUUCGCAGCCCAGCUCACCCGCUCAUGGGCCGAGCCGCCCAAGCGACAAGAUCUCGCCCUUCAGCAGUCCGCCGAGUAGUAACGGGACCACUGAGGAGGACGCUCCCCCCGCAUUGCCCACACGCCGGAAAACGGAAGUGGAACGGACACAGCGGUCCGGGACGACAUCUCAUAUAGCCAGCGACCCAUUCGAACCACCUCUCCACCAUUCAGUGACCGCCAGGAGGUUAGACCGAGAUGGCGUCAAUGGCAGGGCAGGAGAUCCGCUUACGCCACAACUCACCGGCGACCAGCCACCGGCACUUCCGGCGAGACCGCAGAGUUUCAUAGACUCUUCUCGUACCGCGCAUCCGGCUUCGGUACCACCGCGGCCACCUCGACCGGCGCUGAACACCAAUCACCCUCACGAAAUCGGCGCAGCCGGCGCGGCCGCGCAGAAACGAGUUGCGUCAACGCCCACGGCGCAUGCUCCGCCAACCAUUCCUAGGCUCAAUGGUAGGUCCAUGACCAUGGGGGUGGAUCGGAUGCAGAGUAGGGCCGUCAACGACUUGCGCGCGCCGACUACGCCGGCUACCCCGAUCGAGCACCGGUCUUUGGACACCCUGGCGGGGAGCUCCGCCAGGGGUGACGCCUCUGCGCCGGUCAUCACGGCCUACCCAGAUACUUCGAGGACAAACCGGAGUAAGCCUUACAUCAAUAGGGGCGUGCACGAAAUCGCUACGAAUUACGAUAGCCGGGUGUUUGAUGUCUGCGGCCCAUUCGUCUGCGCAACCGGCGCGUACACGAGGGCCUGGAGCGUGCAAGACGGCGAGCUGGUGAUGAGUCUGGCUAUGGGCGAAGGCCUGAAAGGGACGGCCGUGAUAUUCAAGCCGGGCGAAAACGUGGACGAGGAAGGCAAGCGGGUUUGGAUCGGCAACAACCAUGGCGAGCUGCUGGAGGCCGAUGUCCAGACGCAAGCCAUCCUGAACCAAAGGCCGGGCGCCCACGGCCGGCACGAGAUCAUCAAGAUCUACAGGCACUUUAACGAGCUGUGGACUCUGGACGAGGGCGGCACGCUGCAUGUUUGGGGUCCCGAUGAGAAGGGUGUUCCGAACUUGUCUCUGGGCCCCACGCAAUCCUUCCGCGUACCAAAAGGUCACUUGUUUUCGAUGGUUGUGGGCGACGAGCUGUGGCACGCGACCGGCAAGGAGAUACGGGUCUUCCUGCCAACCCUGGAUGGGAGAACACAAUUCCAAGUCUUGAUACGGCCGCUCAUGCAAGAUAGCGCCGGCGAAGUAACCUCGGGCGCCAUCCUCGCGUCCGAACCAGACAAGGUCUACUUUGGGCACAACGAUGGGAAGGUGAGCAUCUACUCGAGGAAGGAUUACUCUUGCCUCGGGGUGAUGAAUGUCAGCCAGUACAAGAUCAACUCGCUCGCCGGCGUGGGCCGGUACAUGUGGGCCGGGUUUAACACAGGCAAGAUGACGGUGUUCGAUAUGGAGCAGACGCCGUGGGCUCUCAAGAAGGACUGGCAGGCCCAUAAGAACCCCGUGGUCAGGGUCGCCGUCGACCGUUCCAGCUUCUACAAGCUCGACCGGUGCCAGGUGGUGUCGCUCGGCGCGGAUAACAUGCUGCGCACCUGGGACGGGAUGCUCCAGGAAGACUGGCUCGAGGGCGAGAUGAAGCUCAAAGACGUCGAGUACUGCAGCUUUGAGAAGAUCAAGGCGUUGGUUCUGACGUGGAACGCGGGCGCCUCGACACCCCAUAGCCUGCGCUAUUCCGAGUCCGACGCUACCUUUGUUCGCGAUCUCUUGCAAAACAGCGACUCGCCCGACAUCAUUGUCUUUGGGUUCCAGGAGCUCGUGGACCUCGAAGACAAGACGGCCACGGCGAAACGCUUCCUCAAGCCCAAGAAGAAGGAGGGCUCGGACCAGGAGCGGAUGAGCCACCAGUACCGCGACUGGCGGAACUUCCUCGCGCAGAGCCUGGACGACCACAUGUCCAGCGGCGGGCUUUACCACGUCCUCCACACGGCGCCCCUCGUCGGUCUCUUCACUUGCAUUUUCGUCAAGGCCGACCUCCGCGAGCGCAUCAGCAACUUAAGCAGCGCCGAGGUCAAGCGCGGCAUGGGCGGGCUGCACGGCAACAAGGGCGCCAUUGUGGUCCGGUUUAUGGUCGACGACACGUCCCUGUGCUUUAUCAACUGCCAUCUGGCAGCGGGCCAGACAUCUGCCAACGCGCGGCACAACGACAUCGCGGCGAUCCUCGAGACGCCGCUGCUCCCGCCGCAGCGCGACCCAGGGGUCCGCGUCGACAGUUUCGUCGGCGGCGGCGACGGCUCCCUGAUCCUCGACCACGAGCUGUGCCUGCUCAACGGCGACCUCAACUACCGCAUCGACACCAUGAGCCGCGACACGGUCGUGGCGGCCGUCAAGGCCGGCAACCUCGCCAAGCUGCUGGAGCGCGACCAGCUGCUCGUCGCGCGGCGGCGCAACCCGGCCUUCCGGCUGCGCGCCUUCGAGGAGCAGCCCAUCGCGUUCGCGCCCACGUACAAGUACGACGUGGGCACCGACACGUACGACACGAGCGAGAAGCGCCGCAGCCCGGCCUGGUGCGACCGCCUGCUGUACCGCUGCGGCGGCGGGCGCGGCCGCAUCGAGCAGCUCGACUACCGCCGCCACGAGGUGCGCGUCUCGGACCACAGGCCCGUCAGCGGCCGGUUUCGGUUCGGCGUCAAGCGCAUCGACCCCAAGCGGAGGGCUGUCGCCUGGAUGGAGUGCCAGCAGCGCUGGGAGGACCGCAGGGGGAGGGAGGGGGAGGAGGAGAAGAUGUUUUACUUGACCAGGGUAAUUGGCUACGACAAGGCGACCGCCCAGCGACUGAUUAAUGAGCGGGCUUCGAGGAGAGUCCAUCGGAGCCCCAGCAGGCAUCGGGAAUAAAUGACGCGGGGUUUGGGAAGGUUAAUUCGGACGGGCACCGCUAAUGAAUGAAUGAGGCCGCAUAUUUUGGUGUCCAAUGGCAGGGAACAACGUCACGGAGUGGCCAAUGUUAG